UGUAUGUCCAUAACUACUACAAAAACUGCAAGUGAAAAACAUAAUUUACUUCAGUUUUUAAUCACUUCUAUUUGAGCAGAACAGUGCAAUAAAAUGGACACCAGUAGCAAAACAGAGCUUACAAUGGAGCCUCCGGCCUAUGGAUUUGUUCAGCAUGCACGAAAUAAGAAGACAAUCAUAAUUGCAUGUACGACAGUUGCCUUGGUACUGAUUGCAGUGAUUGCCAUUCUGAUCGGUGUUUUUGUUACUCAAAAACACUAUGAAAAUAUUUUUCAGCAGACUAUAACUGGUUCAAAUGGAGAAAAAACUGAUCAGACAGUUACUGUCAGCAGCAAAGAAAAUGUCGCUACAUUUUACUCAACUAUAGGAAACACAUCAGCUACAGUUGUGUACGACUACAAUCGUAAUCUUCUUGCAUACAAAGUAACUAACAGCAGUUCAUGCCUUGUGGUGAACCUAACCAGUGACAAAUUUCCAAGCCUUAAGGAAGUUGCUGAUGGAUUUCAGAACGGAGAUGCACAAAAUUCAAACACUGCAAAUGAUGGCAAAAAGCUAACCAUCUCUGCAACAUCUCAAGUUGUGGAUCGUAAUACAUUGGGAUCUACCAUGAAUAUAUUAUGUGCUAAUGAUCAGAUGUAUUGGGCUGUUCAAGGAAACGGCAAUGGACGCUUAUACUACUAUUGUUACUGCCUCUAUUAUUAUUAUUAUUCUUACCCUUAUUAUAUCCGUUACUGCUACUACAUAUGCUAUUAUUAUUAUUAACAGGCUAUAUUCAACCUGCUGAAAGCAUAUUCUUCAUUAUAUGUCUGCAUUCUGUUUGAUGAAUCUCAAUAGUAUAGUGAAUUGCAAUACAAGUUUAGUUUAUGCUGCAGUCUGCAAAAAUAUGUAAAAUAUAUUUCUGAUGCUGUGUCAUAGAAUAGUAGUGUUAUUAUUGCACUUCUGUUUUCUUUCUAAUUACACAUUUGCUGAUAUCAUAUUAGAUAUGCAUAAUUUGAAAUAAGGCUACUCUAUCACAGUUAGCAAUUCUGGUAAACAUUCUAAUUGCUUUAUUAAAGGAUCUCUCUCCUUUCUCAUGGCCAGACAUCACACAAUCCUACAGUUGAGUAAUGCAAUCAAAGUGGCACCCCAUAAAAGUGUAGGGGUGAAAUGAGCCUUCAGUUUUAUGUGCUUCCAUGCAUUUAUAUACACGGCCAUACCACACAUGCAGAAUAUAUGGUAGUGGGCAUAAAGGUCACAUAUUUGUAGUUAUAGGUAUUUGAACACCUAUGGAGGUUAGCAUCAUUGCUUAACUUGUUGUGAAUCCAAGUUAUCUGGCAUUUACAUUUUAUAUACAAUUUAAUAGAGAAAUAACAAUUAUAUAUAGCACAUCUGUUCAUCUGUCAGUGAUGAUUUAUUGCACAAAAUGUAUUAAAUCAGUAUUAAUUUCAAAGCUGCAAAGUUACCAUUAAAACUAUUUACACAAAAAUGAAAUGCAAGUGCUUUCUUGUGUGACCAUUUUCUGUAUCUUUAGUUUUUAUUUCAUAUUGUCAUUUGCUGCAGGACUGUCACCCCAAUCACACUGGUGGUGUUUUGUUAUUGAAUAUGUUUAUUAUACAUUAAAUUCAUACAGUGGUAAUCUAAAUAAUUUUUCAUCUAAGGUAGGAAGUACUACUGAAACUCCAAGUGUCAUAUAUCAAUGGCAUUUCUCAGUCAAGUUAUUUAUUUUUGAUAUACAUAGAGUAUUUGUUCACUUACUAAGUUCUGAAACUGUACUUUUUCCACUGCAUAAUCAGUUUCUCAGCACUGGCUGAUAACAUCUAUCACAGAAUGACAUCACGGCAUUCUACCCCCAAUAAAUGGUUUGUUUGUUUUGUAAAGUAUUUGUUGUCUUUAUUCAUACACUGCAAAAGUAAAUAAAUAAAAAUAAAUACAAUACACCAACACUAUAUUUGGUGUUCUGUAAUUAAAUGCGUGUUGUUAUCUAACUCAUUUUCACAUAAUAAAUCCUGCUUUCAUCUGGAAGCAUUAAUAUAUUUAAACACAGAUGUAUGUUUCUGUAUUCAUCUCCCUAACAGUGUAGAUAAUCCAUUUUUAUUAAUUUACAAGCAGCUUACGGCAUUGUUUGAGACUAAAAAAAUACAAAAAUAUGGAACAUGUAAAGCAUUAAUAUGAAAGGAGUCCACUCCAAUUAGUGUAUCAAAGACUAUAUGAAACUGAUGAUAAAAUAAAGUUUAUUUUAAUGAAAGAUGAUAAAAAGUAGUAUUUAGAUUAGAGUGAGAUGGGCACCACAACAGCAUGUGGACCACCUGGUUAUGACAGCAAAUCGUGAAACCAAAGUCGAAGAAAAUUUGGAUGAAGUUGUAUUUGGUGCAGUGUUGGAGAUUACUAGUAAAUAUGACAAGUACAAGAAAACAACUAAAACAUGAUAAAAGGCAGGAUGAAAAGAGGAAUUAUAACUCAAAGACACUAAUCUACUCAUCAUGCAAAAGUGUAAAAUCAUAAAAGGCAAUGGUUAGAAUUGCACGUGAAACUGGCAAUGGUUGAACACAGCUGUCUAAAGUAGAGGAUAGGACCUGAAGAAAAAAAUCUAUGUUUGUGGUCGAAGAAGCAGAAGAAAGGCUGAGUUAUGCUGACUAAAUGAAGGAAAGUGAUGUUGCAUGGAUUGGUUUCUCAGUCAGAAGAACAACAAAAUAAGAAGUCAUAGUGACUUCCUUCAUGGUUAUAGGACACUACUGCACAAUUUUACUUCAAUGUGCAUCCUGGUUUUUGAAACAGAACGUUCUGCAUCCUAUUUAGAGACCAGGCAAAAUGCUCAAUAGUAAAGUAUUGUUAACCUUGACUUUUCUGUGUAAACAAUUAAGCAGUGGUCUUGAAUUUUGGAAAACAUGAUAGAACGACUGAUGAAAAACUAUGCUAAAACUGAUGUGUCCUGCUUUCCUUAUAAUUAACUUCCAGAUGUAAUAAAACUAAUAUAUGACCCACUGUUAA